AUGGCUGGUGAUACCAACUCCUCAUCUUCAGCUAACCCAUCGCUGCUGCCCGCGACGUCGUCGAGAUGCCUGACGCACGGCAUCACCGCGACGCACGACUACAAGGUGACCAACUUCUCGCUGCUCGUGGGCAUCGGCCAGGUCGUUGCCUCGAGUACCUUCAGCGCCGGCGGGUGCGACUGGAGCAUCAGGUUCUUCCCCGACGGCUACGACGAGACUCCUGAAGAGGAGGCAGCCUCUUUCACGGCGGUCUACCUAUGCCUUGUGGCCGGACCGGCCGGUACCAGGGUCAAGUUCAAAUUCACUCUGCUCGACGACAAAGGUCGCCGAGUGUCGACGAGGACAGGGAAGAGGCGGAAGAAGAGAAAAGGGACCGCCGACUUGACGAGAACCGAAACCUCCACCUACGCCCGUGCCGGUGCCAUGUGGGGCACGAACACGUUCUUUGACAGAUCCCUGCUGGAGGGGCUGCUGCGGGACUCCAACGACAGCUUCACGAUCCGGUGCGCCAUGUCUGUGAUACAAACGCACACGGAGGACGACGCCGUCAUCGAGGUCCCGGAGUCGGUCCUCCGCCACGACCUGGCGCGCAUGCUCAGGGACGGCGCCGGCGCCGACCUCUUCGGCGCCAUGAAGGAGGCCCAGCAGGGCGGGGACGGCGCGCGGUGCGUCAUCAAGGUGGACGACAUGGAUCCCGCCGCCUUCGCGGGGCUCCUCCACUACAUCUACACGGACUCGCUCGCCGACGACUGCACCGCGGGCAGGGUCGUGGCGCCGCAGCACCUGCUCGUGGCCGCGGACCGGUACGGGCUCGAUAGACUGAGGGUGCUGUGCGAGGCGAGGCUGUGCGGCUGGAUCGACGUGCAGUCGGUGGCGACCACCUUGGCGUUGGCCGAGCGGCACCAGUGCGUCAAGCUCAGAGAAGCUUGCCUGAGGUUCCUGUCCUGGCCGGACAUGCUCCGCGCUGCCAUGAAAACGGAGGGGUUCGGCCAUCUCAUUGCGAGCUACCCUUCGGUUGCCAGCGAUAUCUUGGACAAGGUCGUCUCGGCAAGAGUUGAUGAUCAUUGA